UGCAGACGUUGUUCAGUGCAGAUGCGCAUGCGCUGACCGAUAAUUCUUUCACGCUUUCUGCGGUGUGUCUUUAGUGGAGGUCAUAGGCAUAACUGACAUAACAAGCUGCAAUGGCAAAAUUGUUUGAAUCUAUUGGGAAGUUGGGCCUGGCCCUCGCCGUCGGAGGAGGUGUUAUGAACUCUGCUCUUUUCAAUGUUGAUGCUGGGCAUCAGGCAGUAAUAUUUGACAGGUUUAGAGGAGUACAAGAGACAGUAGUUGGGGAGGGAACCCACUUCCUCAUCCCAUGGGUCCAGAAGCCAAUCAUCUUUGACUGCCGUUCACGACCCCGCAACGUCCCCGUCAUCACUGGUAGCAAAGAUUUGCAGAACGUCAACAUCACACUGCGUAUCCUGUUCAGGCCGGUUACCAGCCAGCUCCCAAGAAUCUUCACCAGCAUCGGGGAGGACUACGAUGAGAGGGUGUUGCCCUCUAUUACAACAGAGGUCCUUAAGAGUGUAGUGGCUCGGUUCGAUGCCGGCGAGCUGAUCACACAGAGAGAGCUGGUGUCUCGGCAGGUCAGCGAGGACCUGACGGAAAGGGCCAACACCUUUGGCCUCAUCUUGGACGAUGUAUCACUGACGCAUUUGACCUUCGGCAAGGAGUUCACAGAAGCUGUUGAGAUGAAGCAGGUGGCCCAACAGGAGGCUGAGAGGGCUCGUUUUGUGGUGGAAAAGGCAGAGCAGCAGAAGCAGGCUGCCAUCAUCUCGGCGGAGGGCGACUCCCAAGCCGCUCUGCUCAUCGCCAACUCCCUGCAGGAGGCCGGAGACGGACUGGUGGAGCUGCGUAAGUUGGAGGCGGCCGAGGAUAUCGCCCUUCUGCUGUCCCGCUCCCGGAACAUCACCUACCUUCCCGCUGGCCAGGGCACACUGCUCCAGCUUCCCCAGUGAUGAGCGCUCUCCGAAGUCGCCCUCACGGCCAUAUGGGGGGCCGUGGAAAUGGUCUCUAGGGAAUUAAAGCAACGUCACACCGACCCCCACCUUCCCUCACUCUCCCAUCUGCAAUGGACUGGGUACUGCUCUAGGGGAGAGUGAGGGGAUGUUGAAGAUGGGAUGGGGAGUAGAGUAUGGGUAUCAAUGAGUGGCAAUGUGAGUGUACGUGUAGAAAUGGUUUUAUUUGAUUUCUUCAUGUAAGGCAAUAUACAUAUACUACUUAAUCAGUCAAGCUUAGUGGGCAAUCCAGUUGCUUCUCUUUUUCAAGAUUUGUUUAUGUGCCGUUUACUUUCAAUGCACUGCAUAUGAUUUAAGAUGGAAAGAGAAAAUGUUAAUUUUGGUCAAGAGUUCAACUCGGAACCAACAUUAAAUGGAAUAUACCGUUUA